AUGGCGAAUCCGUACUUCAACCCCGACUACAAUCCGUACACGCAGUCGGUGCUGAUUGGCACGGCCAUACUAUUCAUGAUCGUGCCCAUAUGCGCCGUGGGUCUGCGGUUCUACUCGCGGUCGAUAAGCUGGGCGAAGCUGGGCAUCGAUGACUGGUUCACGAUCCCGUCGAUGAUCAUCUGUGUCGCGCUGUCGAUAGUCCAGCUAAUCGCAACGACAGUCGGCGGUCUAGGAGCGCACCAGCCGCUUGUUAACGGCGAGCUCGUGCACAGCCAGCAACUGUACGUGUACGAGAAGACGCGGUACGCGUACGAGAUCGUGGGGACGAUCGGGCUGUGCGUCAUCAAGCUGUCGGUGUUACUCUUCUACCGGCGCAUCUUCGCGAUCCGCGCGGCGCGGCUCGUCAACAACGUCUUCAUCGGCCUCACGGCCGCCUGGGGCAUCUCGUUCACCUUCGCCGUCGCCUUCCAGUGCACGCCCGUGUCGACGCUGUGGGAGAAGUUUGAGUACGAGUACGAGCCGUACUGCGUCCAGGUGUUCCCGCUCUACUUUGGCCACGCCAUCUCCGAUCUCAUCCUGGAUGUCUUCAUCUUCAUCCUGCCGAUUCCGCACCUGUGGUCGCUGAAGAUGCCCCAGCGCCAGAAGCUGGCCGUGGGCGGCAUCUUCCUGCUGGGAGCUAUCGUCGUCGCCAUCGGCAUCACGCGCACGCUCAUCUUCCACUGGGUGAUCGACUUCGCCACGGUGCAGCCCAUGUCGUGGUUCUACGACACGACGUGGUACUCGGCGGGCGUGCUGUUCUGGCACAUCGCCGAGAACGUGGUCGGGCUGCUGGGCUGCUGCCUGCCGUCGUACGCGCCAUUAUUCAAAAACAUCUUGCACAAGCAGAAGACGCUCGGAGCGUCGUCGGGCGCUUCGUCGUCCGGCCUUGGCGCCUCCAAAAAGCGCGGCUACCCGUCGCCGUACCACGAACGCCUCGAGGACGAGGAGUCGUUGACGCGCAUCCGCGCCGCGGCCGACGGCGGCUCGGAGGAGCACGCGCUCGGGAUCGUGCCGGAACGCCGCAUCUUGGUCAAUCGGGAGUUCCGGCUCGAGACUUCGGCGGCUUAG